GGCGGGUGACGGGGUGUUGAACAUGUGCGUCCCUCCUCUUUCUAACGGCGGGGCUCACGUUAUGUGUAAAGUGGAUUUCUGCUCUCAGCCGUGGGUUUAGUCGUGCCGAGAGCGGUUCAGGCACACAGCUGUUUCAAGGAGGUAGGAGCCGUCGGGAGAACUUGGAUCGCGACCCCCAGGGACCUAAAAAGUCAAAGCGCUGCAGACACGCACCACUGGAUGAGCACGGUUCAAGUUGUGUUGGUGUUUUUUUAAAAGAUUGGCUCGAGAUGUUUCUUCAGCUGCUGUGUUUGGUGUGCCUUUGUGCUGGAUUCACCCAACAAGCGCCAGCACAUGACAUCAAGAAGAUGGAAGGAAAGAACUCCGCUGUGUCGGGGUCUCUGUCCGGCCAGGUGGUCCUGCCCUGCCACUUCUCCACCCCCGUCUCCGACUCCCCCGCGCUGUCCCCCUCCGAGGCCUCCCCCACCCCGCACCCAGAGGAGCUGAGGGUCAAGUGGACCCGUCUGGACGGGCAGGGGGACCAGGUGGUGCUGGUGUCCCAGGGCGGGGUGAUGAAGGUGGGCCAGGACUUCAAGGGCAGGGUGUCGGUGCCCGGCCCGUCGUCGGGGGCCCCGGGCGACGCCUCCCUGACGGUGCUGGGCCUGAGGGCCAGCGACGCCGGCCUCUACCUCUGCAAGGUCAUGCACGGGAUGGACGACUCUCAGGACUCGGUCUCGCUGAGCGUCAGUGGUGUGGUCUUCCACUACCGGGCCAGUGUCAGCCGCUACACCCUGAACUACCCCGCGGCUGUACAGGCCUGCCUGACGGCGGGAGGCAGCAUCGCCACCCCUGGACAGCUCAAUGCCGCGUUCGAGGACGGGUUUGACCAGUGUGACGCCGGUUGGUUGGCUGACCAGAGUGUCAGGUACCCAAUCACGAAGCCCCGUCCAGGUUGCCAUGGAGACAGGAAGAACCAGCCGGGAGUGAAAACGUACGGCUUGCGUCCUUCUGACGAGACGUACGAUGUUUACUGCUACGUUGAAGAACUCAACGGGGAGGUCUUCCACCCGCCCAUCUCCUCCAAGCUGUCCCUGGAGGAGGCCCGGCGGGAGUGUCUGACCCGGGACUCGGUGCUGGCCUCUCCGGGCCAGCUGUACGCCGCCUGGAGGGCAGGCUACGGCCGCUGCGACUACGGCUGGCUGUCGGACGGCAGCGUCCGCUACCCCGUCUCCGUGCCAAGGCCUCAGUGCGGCGGGGGGCUUCUGGGGGUCCGGACGUUGUACCGGUUCCAGAACCAGACCGGCUUCCCAAGUCCCGCCACCAAAUAUGGAGUGUAUUGCUUUAAAGCCAGGCUACCAGACCCUGCCACCGCCGCCCCUGCAGUGGCUGCCAACGUCAACGUUUACACGCCAGCGGCGUUCGUCCCCAGCACCGCCGCCACCGCCGCCACCGUCAAGCCCACCCCGGACUCGGACGCGGCGCACGCCACAACCGAGCAACCCGGGUCGCUAGCCACCUCGCCGACGCCACAGGCGGCCUCGGACACGGCCGGGACGCCGCGCGGAGUCACGCCACGCGUCGCCGUCCGCGCACCAACGACUGCGGGCGCCCACGUCCCCGAUGACCCCGCCGUGCGCCCGACCCCGGCCGACACCGACGCACCGUGGUCGACGGAGCGGCCCGGCUCCAGGGCUCCCUCCACCCCCAGCCCGGCCCCGGGCGGCUCCACCCCCGCCCCCGGCACCACCCCUUUCCCGGAGUACGACUCCGGGGACGCGGACAUCGACGCCCGUCACGACCGGGUGGAGUCGGUCCCGGGUCGAAGGGACUCCCAUGGUCCCAUGGUACUCCCGCCGCUGCCCACCCCUCCGACCACCUCGCUGACCCAGCCCCCGCUCCUGGACACCCACCAGGGAGGGGCGGAGCAGGCAGAGGGGGACCAGGCAGAGGGGGACCAGGCAGAGAGCGGCAGCAGCAGCAGUGGAGAGGGGAGCACCAGCGGGGACGCGUCCGGAGGUGCUGAGGAUCCCAUGCCGGUCAUCCCGUCGCAGGCAUGGAGCCAAGCUGCCUCCACCCCCACCCCCACCACCUCCACCAGCAGCAGCAGCACGAGCACGAGUCCUUCUUCUUCUUCCUCUUCUUCUUCUUCUUCUUCUUCUUCUUUUUCUUCAUCCCAGCCAGGGGUGACCCGCGGCCCGUCUGAGGCUGACGUUACCAUGCCGACGGUAGCCGGGGUGACCCCGGAGCCGGGCGUGGGGCAGGAGCAGCGUCCCUGGACCGCCGUGGUGUACAAGGAGACGGAAAAGGAGGCGGAGGAGGCCGGGUCUUCCGACGCUGGCUCCUCCCACUCUUCGUCGGGCCUGGAGGGGGUGACCCAGCCGUACGACCUCAGCCGAGCGCUGGCCGUCCCCGAAGACGCGUCGUCCAAAGCGCCCUACCACCUCAUCAUCGUGAACGUGCACGACCACAAUCAAUCGGUCAGCCAUAUCCUGGACAUACUGAACAAGCCGCUGGGGAUAGGCGAGGACGGGAAGAUCAGCUUCCCCCAGCUCACGGACAUGUCCCUGGGGCUCGGCACUGACUUCCUGCUGGGUCCAGGGGACGCGGACGACGUGGACCCGGCCGCCACCGCCACCUUGCCGCCGACGCUCACCUUCAUCAACGGGAAACAAGAGGUUCACCUGGAGACAAGCCUACCGCAGGAGGCCCGCGGAGACCAGUUCGAGGCGGCCACGCCCGAAUACUUCCACCGAGAGGACAAUGAGGUGAAGGAGGAGGUAGAGGAGGUCGGCCCUCACUUCGACUACGCGUCCAUCCUGAUCCCCUCGGAGGAAGCGCCAGUAGAGCGCCCAGACGAGACGCCCGGAGACAUCACCUCCUCUCCUUCGGUCGCAGAAACGGCGGUGGUGGAGGUGUCGGACGGAUCUGGGGAGGCCGCCACCCCCUCCUCCGACCGCGCGUACCCCGUCACCCCGCGGACUGCCUCGGUCGACCUCCGGUCUUCCACGGCGACAGCCCGCUCCGCCACCGCCACCGCCAACGCCACCGCCACCGCAACCGCUACCGCCACCGCCACCGCCACCGCCACCGCCACCGCCACCGCCACCGCCACCGCCACCCCCGAAUCGUCCGCCGCCGCCACCCGCCCGUCUCCCACGGCGCCGCUCCCGUCCUCGGCUGUCCCGUCCGGGCAGGUCACCGCGGGCGCUCGCCCCUACGAGGAGACGGAGGGCUCGGCAUUCCUCCCCGCCUCCACCCUGGAAGGGGACGUGUUCCCCGACGGGGGGUCCGCCGAUGGGGCCCUGCUGCUCCCGGCCACGACCACCACCACCGCCGCCGCCGCCAGCACCACCACCGCCGCCGCCAGCACCACCACCGCCGCCGCCAGCACCACCACCGCCGCCGCCAGCACCACCACCGCCGCCGCCAGCACCACCACCACCGGCACCACCAUAGGCACCACCAUAGGCACCACCAUAGGCACCACCGCCGGCACCACCACCAGCACCACCAUCGGCACCACCAUAGGCACCACCGCCGGCACCACCAUAGGCACCACCGCCGGCACCACCAUCGGCACCACGGGUCCCCCCAGCGCCCGAGAAGGUCAGCCCCGCGUCGACGUGACGGACGAGACGGAAUUAGAAAGUGGAGGAGGCCCAGAUCGGCCCACGUACACCCCGUCCUAUGCGGGGCAAAGCUCAACAGCCCUGCCCUCCGGGGAGACCCCCGCCGAGAACCGGGGGGAGAGGGAGGACUUUGAGGGCUCGGCGUCGGCCGAUGGAGACGGCUCCGGGGAGGACGAGUCGGUCAAAGACACCACCACCACGGUGAAGCCCCCUCCCUACACCAUCCUCCCCCUGGUCCCGGUGGCCGUCACGGGGCAGGAGGUGGGCUCGGAGCCCGGCUCCGGUUUGGACCAGUUCUCCGGAGACGAGGAGACCUCCGGGGAUCAGGAGGGCGGCUCCGGCGACCUCACGCCUCACGGGCACGUCGCCUACACUGUCCUGCCCACGGCCGCCAUCCCCACCGGCACCGUCGCCGCCGGAGACCGCCGGAGCGCCGGAGCGUCGACGUCGUCGUCAUUGACGACGACGUCCGGCGUGGGCGCCGAGGAGCAGACAACGACAACACAGCGCGUUGUGAUGGCGCCGGUACAAACAACACAGGCUAGCACGACCGCGGCAGCACAGAGCACACAGAGAAGCACAACCCAGGCAGACACGACCACGCGAUCGAGUCGAAGCCGAGCAGACACGACCACGCGAUCGAGUCAAAGCCGAGCAAACACAACGACACAAUCGAGUCAAAGGCGAGCAGACACAACCACACAAUCGAGUCAAAGCCGAGCAGACACGACCACACAAUCGAGUCAAAGCCGAGCAGACACAACGACACAAUCGAGUCAAAGCCGAGCGGACACAACGACACAAUCGAGUCAAAGCCGAGCGGACACAACGACACAAUCGAGUCAAAGCCGAGCGGACACAACGACACAAUCGAGUCAAAGCCGAGCGGACACAACGACACAAUCGAGUCAAAGCCGAGCGGACACAACGACACAAUCGAGUCAAAGCCGAGCGGACACAACGACACAAUCGAGUCAAAGGCGAGCAGACACAACCACACAAUCGAGUCCGAAUCAGAUGGAGCAAACAACACAGGACAGCGUGAGUCAGGUACGCAAAACGACGCAAUCUGUGUCAAACCUGGCAGCCGAAACCACGAAGGACGCUAUAAGAGUCGACCAAAUCAAACAAGUCAGUCCAACCCGCGAGGUUCAAACCACGCAGGGGCGCCACACGGACCCCUCUCCGACGGCCCCCCACGAUCACACCCCCCGUCCCGGGGAGCCCACAUCCACCUCUUCGUCCCCUACCCGAGAGGUUCAAACCACGCAGGGGCGCCACACGGACCCCUCUCCGACGGCCCCCCACGAUCACACCCCCCGUUCCGGGGAGCCCACAUCCACCUCUUCGUCCCCUACCCGGUCCACAACCCCAGUCACAGGCCAGAUCAAACUUUCUGAAGAAGACCACCCUGCGCUUUCCACCACCCCUCCUCCCCCACCUGCCCCCACUCCCUCUGACCACCACACCCGUUCCACCACUCAGCGGGCGGCGACCUCUGACCCCUCCUCCCGCACCGCCUGCACCAGCACCACCACCUCCCUCCCAACCACGGCUCUACCUGACGACGAGUUUGUGGACUACGACAGUAGGAACGAGAGUGUGGUCCUGGUGGAGGCCAGACCCGGGGUGUCGACGGAGGAAGGGGAACGGAACGGCACCGAGGGGUCCGUGGUCGUCAUCCGAGGUGAAUCGGUCCUGGACCGGGACGUGGAUGUCCAAGGUCUCUCGCCCUGUGUGGUGAACGGGUGUCAGAACGGAGCGUCCUGCUUCAUGAAGGAGACGACCCCCAUCUGUCUGUGUGCACCGGGCUACACCGGACAAUACUGCCACAUCGAUGUUGAUGAGUGCCAGUCCAACCCCUGUCUGAACGGAGCCACCUGUGUGGACGGCCUGCACACCUUCACCUGUCUCUGUCUGCCCAGCUACUCAGGAGAGCUCUGUGAACAUGACACGCAGACGUGCGGCUACGGCUGGACCAAGUUCCAGUCCCACUGCUACAAGUACUUCACCCACCGCCGCACCUGGGACGCGGCCGAGAGGGAGUGCCGCAUGCACGGGGCCCACCUGGUCAGCGUGCUGUCCCAGGAGGAGCAGAACCACAUCAACCAUCUGGGUCAUGACUAUCAGUGGAUCGGUCUCAACGACCGGAUGUACGAGAGAGACUUCAGAUGGACCGACGGCAGCACCAUGCAAUACGAGCACUGGAGGCCGAACCAGCCGGACUCCUUCUUCCAGUUGGGGGAGGACUGUGUGGUGAUGAUCUGGCACGAGGACGGCCAGUGGAACGACGUGCCCUGUAACUACCACCUCACCUUCACCUGCAAGAAGGGCACAGUCUGCUGCAGCCACCCCCCGGUGGUGCCUGACGCCCGGGUGUUCGGGACCCUGAAGGAGCGCUAUGAGAUCAACUCCCUGGUGCGCUACCACUGCAAGCAGGGCUUCAUCCAGCGCCAAGCCCCCACCAUCCGCUGCCGGCCUGACGGCCAGUGGGAGACGCCCAAGGUCACCUGCAUGAGUGCUGCAAACUACCAAAAGACGUUUGCCAAGAAGCAUCGCGGCAACCUGGACAACCACUAUCAGAGCUGGCAUCACAACCAGCACCUGGGCCUCAGCAGCCAUCCCAACUACAACAGUCCCCAGCGGUCACAACCCCAGAACCAGAACUCUAAGAAGACCUUCUCCGGUCUGCAGCGGCGCUACCACCAGCUGCAGAGAGAGAAGAGACAUCCGGGCAGCCAAUCACAGGAGGAGGGCGAGAUGAGGCGUUGAGCUGUAUCCAGGGGUUGGUAUCCAUGGCGAUCUCCAUAGCAAUCAAUGUCGCGAUCACCUUAGCCAUCGCCUUAGCGAUCACCUUAGCGAUCACAGUAGUGAUCACCAUAGCGAUUACCCUAGCUGGCAUGGUUACCAAUGCCAUCCCCAUAGCGAACGCCAUUGCAAUAUCAGGGGCCUGGCUCAGUUCAGAGACACAGAUAAGACAGCUGUGAUGAACUGACCUGCCCAUCAAUGACUCUCAAUCGAUGAAUAUAGGACUAAAGGAGAUGAGUUUAACCAAAUGUGCCACGUUUCGUGUCAGAUCUGUAAUACAGAUCAGUUGACCAUCAUUGGUCAGUCAACCAUCACCCAGACAUGGUGGUGUCUUGGUGAUGGUCGACUGACUUUACAAAAACAUUAUACUGUUGUAAGAAAUAUAGCAAAACUUUAAAAUUGAUGUUUUUUUCAAAGAGUUCUAUUCCAUGGUGCAUACUAAAUCUUUUUUUUAAUCGUUUUUUUCAGCGCAAAAAUUCAUAAACGUGUUAUUGUCAAGGCGAAAUGUGGCAUGUUUAGUUUGCGGCGGGUGAACAAGAGUGAUUUAGAGGAUAGAGUGAAUGUGGGAUGGCACCAUAACAUCAAUGCUGUUUUACCUAAAUUCAUGGACCGCCAACAUAAAACAACAUGAAAAUUCACCCUUAAAUCUGAGCCUUCAGAAUGAUGUAUUUUUUAGGAUAAAUGAAAGGGCUAGUUUUAGGAACAUAUACUUAGUCGUUACUUUCCCACUGGAUUUCUCUGUCUCUAGUCCAUCUGGAAGAUGAUCCAGGUGAAUAUGAACAUGGUAUUUUCACCUUGUGCCUUCUUUAAAAUGAUUUGUACAUUUUUGGUUUACUUUUUUACUUAAAAGUAAAAAAAGACUUUAAGUAUAUAAAGGGCAGGCAUUCAUAGUUAAUAUUGCCUCAACUUGUUUAAAUUAGUUUUUUUGCAAAACUGGACAUUUCCAGGUCAUUGGAGAUGUGUUUUUGGGAUUCAUAAAUAUAGCACAACUAAAAAGGGAAAGUAAAUUGUGAAUAUGUUUUUUGUACUAAGAUUGAUCGUGUCAUUAUUAAUAAUAGGAUAAAGAAUAGAUAUAUGACACAAGAUAAAUCUAAUUUAUUGUUUGAGAAGAUGAAAAAACUGUGAUUCAUACAAAAAAUUAUUUCAUUUGCUCUGAAGUAAGAAAACAGUGGCGCCAAUGCUGUUUACAGAUAUGAUCAAUGUUCAAACCAAGAAAUAACAUUUAUAUCAUGAAAUCCACGUCUUGUGACAAUACUACAAUAUCCUGUCUGUGUGUAUCGUCACACAUCAUCUUUGUUCCUUUGGGGCCCGAGAGCAAGAUGGCAUCUAUCACUAAAUCUUUCCAACAUCUGCCGUGACCCCAAAUGCUCUUUGGGAGAAGCUCAAAGCAAAAGGGUCUGCUUUUAAUUGAACCUUGUUGAGAGACAUGCUGUGGACUGAAAGAAGAGGACUAUGACAGAUCUGGAAUCUGUUGUCCCGGGACCAGAACUGUUAACCAUUCAGGGACCGGUGUGGAGAUCUUUCCCUAGACUAGAAAACCAUAUCUGCCCGUCCAGAAGACCGUCGCUGUUUCUUCUGUGUUGUUCUAUCACACAUUUUUAACUGUUGGUUGUCUUGUCUUAUUGAUGUGCUAUCAAUGAUUUUAUAUAUAUAAAUAUUCAGUGUUUUGAAAUAGCGUUUUUUAUUGAAAAUGUUUUUGGAGUAUUCCCUAUCUUGAAGGGGAUGUUAACGGUGUUUCUGAGAGCUUAUUUAUACCUAUUCUUUGUUCUAUUCUCUGUUGAAGUUUCUGUUUGCUGUACCGUCUGUGAUCAUGCCCUAAUCAUGUGUGCAAUAAAAAGGAAAAAAACA